UUGACUUGUAGGCGCUACAUUCACUGCUGACUAGUCGGUAAAUAAGCUGGUACUACAGUAUCUCUUCAUGAGACACCAAAUUAUUUGUUUGUACACCCUGAGUGACGGACUCAAUUUUUCGGGUGCAACAUUGCAAGUGAAAGCGGCUCUCACACAAGGAGUCUCCCAUCAGACAUAUUUGGAUUUUAGAAGUAAAACUGGCUGAGAUGGAUGAGCAGAGUGUUGAGAGUAUAGCGGAAGUCUUCCGCUGCUUCAUUUGCAUGGAAAAGCUGCGGGACGCACGACUUUGCCCUCACUGUUCCAAACUGUGCUGUUUCAGCUGCAUACGGCGAUGGCUUACGGAGCAGAGAGCGCAGUGUCCCCAUUGUCGAGCACCACUCCAGCUAAGGGAAUUGGUCAACUGUCGCUGGGCAGAGGAGGUGACACAACAACUGGACACACUGCAACUUUGCAACCUCACAAAACAUGAGGAGAACGACAAAGACAAGUGUGAGAACCAUCAUGAGAAGUUGAGUGUGUUUUGCUGGACUUGUAAGAAGUGCAUCUGUCACCAGUGUGCACUGUGGGGAGGCAUGCAUGGAGGUCAUACGUUUAAACCCCUAGCUGAGAUCUACGAGCAGCAUGUGACAAAGGUAAAUGAGGAGGUGGCGAAGCUACGGCGCCGCUUAAUGGAGCUCAUCAGUCUGGUUCAGGAAGUGGAGAAGAACGUAGAGGCGGUGCGUGGGGCGAAGGAUGAGAGAGUGAGGGAAAUCCGAAAUGCUGUGGAAAUGAUGAUCGCACGGCUCGAUAAUCAACUUAAGAACAAACUCAUCACACUCAUGGGACAAAAGACAUCUCUGACUCAGGAGACAGAACUGCUGGAGUCUCUGCUACAGGAAGUAGAACAUCAGCUGCGUUCAUGCAGUAAGAGUGAACUAAUCUCCAAGAGCCCAGAGAUCCUGCUCAUGUUCCAGCAGGUUCACAGGAAACCAAUGCAGUCUUUCGUCACAACUCCUGUCCCACCAGACUUCACCAGUGAGCUGGUCCCUGCCUAUGAUUCAAGCACUUUUGUUUUAGCAAACUUCAGUACUUUGAGGCAGAGAGCCGACCCCGUCUACAGCCCCCCUUUACAGAUAUCAGGCCUAUGCUGGAGGCUAAAGGUUUAUCCGGACGGUAAUGGUGUUGUACGGGGGAACUACCUUUCUGUUUUUCUAGAGCUGUCUGCGGGACUACCUGAGACGUCCAAGUAUGAGUACCGAGUGGAAAUGGUCCAUCAGGCCUCCAGUGACCCCACCAAAAACAUAAUUCGGGAGUUUGCAUCAGACUUUGAGGUGGGGGAGUGCUGGGGGUAUAAUCGAUUCUUCAGGCUAGACCUCCUCGCCAGUGAGGGAUACCUGAAUAUGCAGACUGACACGCUUGUGCUGAGGUAUCAAGUGCGAUCGCCAACGUUUUUCCAGAAGUGCCGAGAUCAGUACUGGUAUAUAACUCAGCUAGAAUCGGCCCAGUCCAGCUACAUUCAACAGAUCAACAACCUGAAAGAGAGACUGGCCAUAGAACUAUUCCGUCGGCAGAAGCCACGGAGUUCCUCUCCACCUGACAGACGUCUGUUCCCCACAGUUUCCUCUGGAAGAGACUCCCGGCAAGGAAAGACCUCUGUACCAGAAGAGGGUAUUCAGGCAGUCUCGGUAGAGACAAAGGAAGAUGAGGAAGAGGAGAAGACCCAGCACGAUGACUCUAAUGAGCUGUCUGAUGGGGAUUUGGAGGUGGACUGUCUGGCAGGUGAUGAAGACGUCAAUCUUCUGGAUGGUAGCAGCACCUCCGGAAGCUCCACAGCCACCAGUAACACAGAGGAGAAUGACAUUGAUGAAGAGACCAUUGUGAAUUUUUUUUCCCCAUCUGUUUUAAGGUCUGGUGAAAAUGACGUGGAGUACAGUGGGAAUCUAGACCUCGAGGAAGGUGAAUUACCUGAUGAUGUUGCCGGGGCAACAGGAGGUUCCAGUGCGGCUGCGCAUGGUUCAAGGCGUGGGGCAGGUGCAAGCUCAGCUAGCCUCCUGGAGAUUGAUCCAGUCAUCCUCAUCCAGCUUUUGGAUCUGAAGGACCGUAGCCAUGUGGAGUCAUUGUGGGGGAUGCAGCCACGCCCACCUUCCUCUCUGCUCCAAACACAAGCUGCUGCAGUGCCAUCUCGUAAAGAGCGUGAGCAUCGGCCCCAGGCGGUGCGUCGGUCGACCCCAGACUCGGGGGUCCUGAUCAGACUGAAGGCUCAGAUGGCAGAAGUGCGCAGUAAGAUGUCGGAUGUGAAAGGGCAGCUGGAUGCUCGCAGUGGAGCCAAUCCUCGGCUUUCCUCUCAUGGAGCCUCAAUCCAUGAGCAGGGCCCCUCUGUGGACUCAGAGAUGGGGCCCAGUUGCAAACCCAGUGAUCUGCUCUUCAAAGGACCCGUCUCAUCACGACAUUCUCGCAGUGGAGUGAAGAAGGCUGGUUCUCAUAAGCAGCAGAGCGUGGGAUUGUUGGGUGGGCUCUCUUUGCGCAGGGCUGUGGAUGCUGGUGAAAAUGAACUGAGAGGAGUCGAUGGUCGAGAGUCCCCUUCUGAACCUGCUCUGUGUCCCAGAGAGGGUCCCUCUUCCUUGGAUGGCUCCUUGAAAGCACACAGUAUGCAGAGUUCUCCUCCCUCUCUGGGAAACAGCUCCUCUUCCUCUGAUAAGCCCUCUGGCUCCAAACAUGAAGAGCUGCUGUAUGGAGCUUCACGUUCAGACCUGUUCAGCAUCACGGCUCUAAAUGGAGCGGCUGCACCCGCCACCAAACAGUGCAGGACUCCAGCUAUUGGGCCUACCCUGCUGACGGACACCUCUCUCAACUGUGAUCAAGAGAGCACCAGGGAGAUCCAUCAGUCACUGCAGUCACUGGCCGAGCUGUCUUCCUCUUCCUCCUCACACCCUGAUGAAGGUCUACUCUGUCAAAAGCAAGCCCACCAUGUGCUGCCAAGCAUGAGCAGUGACAGCGAGCUGGACUGUGACACGGAGAACGAGGAUGAAGCGGUGGCUCUGGAGGCCGGAGACUGCCAGUUCGAUACCAGAACACUACCCUGCCUAGGCGAGCAGCUGAUCUCUGAUGAUCUGAGCUUUGUGACUGGAGACAACACAGAGAGAUUAUGACGUUACGACUUAAAGCGACAAUGUUACAAAAAUGUCUGGAGGUGACAUUAAGCUUUCUGUGUUGUCAGGCACUGGAUGCGCUCUUUCCAUUUCCUGUGUUUGUGCACUUACUUUAUGUUCGGCUAGAACAGGAAAAUGAAUGUGUAUAUACAGUAUAUGUGCUAUAUGUUAUUUCAGAGAAACACCUUUUGGAAAGGGAGAGAAGUCUAAUUUUUGUUCUGCAAUAUGAAAUGCAUAACAUUCCAUUAUAAAAUUCAAGGUGUAAAAUUGUAUCCGUGCAUAUUAUAGUGAUGUACUACAUUUCCUCUACGUUUGCAAUGCUGCUUAUUUGUCAUAUAAAUUGAUUUUGUAGUUGACAAACCCUUUUUUUUUUUUCUUCUUUUUUUUUAGUGGGGUGGGACAUACAAAUUACAAUAAAGUUUUCAAGUGUUUCGUCAGUCAAAGAAUGUCAAGACAGGUGCUCAUUCAUAAGUCUUUAUGUACUCUAGCUUUAUUCUUCAGGCAGUGUUUAUAUAUAGAUAUUAGUGAGUGUUUUUUGUUUCAUUUUGUUUAUGUAGUUUGUCCCCUCUAACUGUGAAUGUAUUGAUCAUUUUAGUCCACAAAGCAUCGCUUCAUCUACUCAAAAACAAGUUUUCAUUGAGUAAACAUCUGCAAAAAGGGAACAUGGCACCAUAGGGAAAUAAUACAAUUUCAAAUUAUUUGAAGGGAGGGAACAUUUUUUAUAUUUCAAAUAAGCAAUUAUUUAGCAUUACACCGCUCAAUUACGAGCACUUAUAAACUCCAUACCCUAACAUUUCAUAUUACUGCUACAUUACUCCUUUAUUUAUUUUUUUGUGUCCUUUUUAGUGAGGGUUUUUUUUAUUAUUUAUUUAUUUUUUAUUUUUUGCUCUCCUUCUCCUGCACACUCAUCUGUUAGCUUUACAUGAUGAAAUGUCAAAAUAAGAGUUGUAUACAUAAACCAAAGUCUCAGGUGGGUCCAAGACUGUCUUUUUACCCCCAGGCCAUAUUGUGAUAUAUCAUGCGUCAGAACGGUAUGUUUUUGUAAAUUGUUUAUGAGCCCGGAGAGAAAGAAUUGUUGACACAUGGGCUGUUGCAGCAGCAGCAGCUGGAAAGUUGCUCAGUUUAUGUUCUGAAUAGAUGUCAUGGCUUCAUCAACAGCUGGGCAGUGAUGUAGCAACUUUCAUUUAAGGUCACAGGUCUUGUUCUUUGCAUGCAUGGCUUUCACUGAAUACAAUCUGUUGAAAGUGAAUGUUUUGUUAAAGCGUACUGCACUUAAUGCAUUGCUUUAGCCGGUAAAUCCUUGGCUUAUGAAUUACCUGCAGGUUAAUGCUUUAUACAAAGCUGGGACUGAGCAAUCUGAAAAUACAUUAUUGUUUUGCAUCAAUUGUAAACUGCCUCUCCCCAAACCCCCCAGACUGCGAAAUCCAAAAAAAUUAUGGAAAUGUUCCUUUGGCUGUUCAGAGUUAAUCUAAUGCUGUUAUAUGUGUUAUAAUAAUGUUCCUAUUUUGACGUUUUGUUUCAUAUGCGGAGGAUAAGGACAUUUUUUUUUUUUCUUGUUCACUGGUUUCUCUAGCAUGUUUUUAAAUAUUUUUGGGUCCUAAACAAACUAAAGGAUAUGCACAAUAUUAACAGUAUAUUUAUAUAAAUUAAAACGAGAAACAAAUAAAUGAUGUGAUAUACUGUUAUAUUCUAGUUUUGAAUCACGUUACUAGUUGCCCAUCAAUGGUGAAUCUCACGAAAAAAUGCAUAGGUCACAUUUCACCCCAAAAUGUCAUACUCCUUCAAUGCAAUCUCAAAUUCUCAUUUCUGAUAAUGCAUACGGAUUAAUUCUCAUUACUGCAUGCAGAAACUAAAUUCUGUAAUACAGUAAUUUUUCAAAAGCUGCAUUAAGGCAGUAUACAACAAAUACUACCAUGUAUUAAUACUUAAAAACUAACAUCUUUUUUGCAAAUAAUAUAAUAUAAUUGGCAGGAAAAUCUCAAUGGCCCCAAAUUAUGGAGGACUCAGUGUGCCAUAUUAAUAAAAAAAAAAUCUUUCAAUAAAAGAAUCAAUAUUUAUGUCAAUAAAUAUUUCAAUAAAUAAAUCAUGAAAUGUAUCAAUAAAUAUGUCAAUAAAUUAAAAGAAAAUAGAAAUAAAAUACUAAGUAAAAUCAUGUCAAAUCAUGUCAAAUAAAUCAUGAAAUGUGUCAAUAAACACUUGAGAUUCUGUUUUUUAUUAAGUAAAAAAACAAAACGAAGACCACAAACACAAUAACUGUCAACACUACUUUUAAAUGCUAUAUAUACAUUUUCCUUUGAACUUUGAUGCAUUUAUUGACAUGAAUAUUUAUUUUGUUGAUGUUUCGAGACUUAUUUACUUUUUUAUUUUGAAAUGUAUUGACAUAUAUACAUUGAUGAUUUUAAAGAAAGAUUUAUUAUGCACUCAAAGGAUUUUAUCUACUUGUUCAGUUUACUUAAUUAAAAUUAUCUAAAGCAACACAAUUCUAGAACAUUGUGUUACGACUUGAUUUCAUUGAGUUCUAUGCAUUUAAAUUUGUAAAAUGGAAGUUUACUUAAUCCAUUUGAAUUGGCAGUACAUGAAUACUUUUUGUGGUGUUAAUGUAGCUGUUAUGUUGGAGUUUUGGGGGUUACCAUUAUGGUGAAGAACGGAGGGAGAUGUCUCACAUUGAUUGUUUGCUUCAUUGAGCAAUAGCUGUUCUAACCAUUGCAUAGUUACUAAACUACACUCUGUAAUGCUUCCAACCAGCAUGUAUUUAGCAUGCAUACAUUCAUUUUCACUAGUUAGUACAUAAAGAAAUAAAAUAGAUUAUUUGAGUUACACUGACAUGUCUAAUUUUGUUGGGUUUACUCAAUUCAGCUAGGUUCUUUCUACACAAAAUGUUUAUGUUGAGAUUACAUAGUAAUUUUAAGUUACGAAAACUAAUUUCAAACACCUGGAACCACU